AGUAGUGACUGAACAGCAAUGAAGGCAUGAAUUCGUACCGAAUUUGCAUUCAUUUAGUAUUAGUAUCAAUAGUAUUGACUGUUAGUAUUGAUUAUAACAUGCAUUAAAACUUAAUCCAUUGAAUUGAUUAAAAUCUAAAUGUUAUCGAGAAUGCGGUCGCUUUCCAGUCAUUUCCGGACCGAAAGGGUCAAGUUUGGCAUUCCUCUGGAGGACGUGUGCGGCGCUCACGACGACAUUCCCGCAGCCCUUCUCGUCAUGAUUCUCAAGCUUAACAAAGAGGCGCCUUUCAAACAGAUGGUGUUUCGCAGGUGUGGACAUCACAGCAGCAGAACGGAACUCAUCCAAUUCCUCCAGACGGGUCGUUUGGUCAAUAUUGACAACUACUGUGUCUAUACAAUUGCUGAUGUGUUGAAGCAAUUCCUGAAUGAGUUACCGUCGGGAGUGUUUGGCGCCGAAAGAGAACGACGAUUGUUUAAUAUCAUUGAAUGGGAAAGCAUUGAAGAAAAGAGGGACGCAAUUCAUAGGAUUCUGACGUCAAUGCCAGUCGUCGCUCAACACCUUCUGGUGCUUCUGUUCGGCACAUUCCGAGCGAUGGCCACAUGUUCUCAACGGGCCAUCACUUGUAUAACAUCGGAAACAAUCGGUAUAUUGUUUGCUCCGAUUUUGUUCCAAUGGGGUGUUCAGGAAUUGACCACAAGCCAUGACUUACCCCGAUAUAAGGCACAAACAGCUGUGGCCACUGCUAUAAUAAGCUUUUUAAUCGACAACUUCGGUGCGAGUAAUCUCUUCGGUAGAGAUAAUUACGAAUAUUACGGCCGAAUUUCUGGUCGCGUUCUCACAGUGGAGGACAACUGGAUCUUUGCUUUGAAAUACCCGUCCGAUUCCUAUCACAAUACACACGAGUGUCAAAGUACUCCCACUCUAUGCACCACUUGUUUGACACCAAUGACGGCACAACCCGUAACUCCGGUUCAAAUGCUGCACCAAAACAUUGACGACUCGUACGCACCACUCGGUGUGUCUUUGGUGGGGACCAGUUUGAAGAAGACCUCCGCGUCAACCGUAACGGCCAAUAACCGAAGAGCCGAUGAGUCGAUCGCCGGUUCAUCAGUGAAGCAAUUGGUGCGGAAGACGUCGCCUAAAGAUAAUCAUUUGGUUCGGCGUUUGUCCUCCAAGAAGAACAAAGAGAACGGCGACAAACACAAAGCACAGCAGCAGUCGGGCGCUCAUCACGUGUUGCCUACCGGUGGUAACUCUGAUGCACACCAAUUGGUCGUCGCGAUGCGCUUUGAGUCUGAAGGGGUCGACGGAGAUGUCCAACAAAUGAAUAUUUCGCUCACAUAUAACCCUCGCAUCUAA